CUUUUCUCUCACUUUGUGCGUCGUUUCCUCCAAUCCUACGCCUUUCCCUCUCUCUCUUCUCCUCCUCUACCUUCUCCCUCUUUCCUUUUCUCAACGCUUGAGGACGCUCUGACUCUCCAACUCUCAUUUCUCUCCUUUCUUCCCCCACAACAAAAGAGACGCUGACGCUCCGGUGUCUCGCUUCUUCUUCCUCCUCUCCUUCUGUUCUCUUCUUCUCUCUCUCCUUCGUCGUCUCCCUCUGCGUCUUCGCUCUCUCCUUUCCGUUCUCUCUUUUCUCUCCUUGGUUUCCCUCAGUCUUCGCUCUCUCCUGCGUCGCUCGGUUUCGACCGGGAUCUGCUAAAAAAUGUCAGGCUUCUUCACUGAGACUCCAGGCCGGCUCCUCCUGCUUUCUGGAGUCGCCCUGGGGACAGCCGCUGCGCUGUACGUGCUCCUGAGACCUCCAAAGAAGAUCCGGAGAUGCGGCCGAGACGCUGCUUCCCCUCGUUCGCAGACGCGCGCCGGCGCCUCAGCAGGCGAAGCUGAAGAGCGAAGCGCGGAUCCUUUGGGCGACGGAAACGUCAAGAAGCUCAGCUGCAGAGACACACUCUUCGUCUACUUCGGGAGUCAGUCGGGAACGGCGGAGGCCUUCAGCGAGGAACUCGCCAGCGCAGUCGUUCAAGACAUCGAAGAACUCCAACAUGUCGAGGUCGUCGAUCUCGAAGACUUCGACCCAGAUGCCUUCCUGGCGCAGCAAUUCAAAGUUCUCGUUCUGGCCACUCACGGAGAAGGCGAGCCUACAGACAAUGCACGCGGCUUCUUCGAAUGGCUUCAAAGGUACACGAAAGAUCUGCGAGAAGGGAGGACGCCUUCUCCGGCGAUGCAAGGCUGGUGCGCCGUGUUUGGGCUCGGCAGCAGCGACUACGAACGGUUCAACCGCAUGGGCCGCCGAACCUUCAAGAUGUUGGAGUUCAUUGAAAAGCGACAAAGGGAACUGCAUGCGUCAUCGUCCUCUUCGCUUCUACGUCUGCUCUGCCCCCUCGGAGUGGGAGACGCAGCGAAGGCCCUUGACGCGGACUUCGCCCUGUGGAGGCAAGCCCACUUUCUCCCUGCUCUGAAACGCAUUGCAGAUCCAACGGCUCUCCAAGAAGAAACGAUGAGAACGACCCCAGAAGUCCGCGGCGACGCCCCCGUCUCGCCGGUCUCCUACCCGCCGCUGUCAGGUGUAUGUACACCUGAGGCGUCGACUGCGUCAACUCCGGAGCUCGACGCAGACCCUCAGCGGCGAGGCGAUUCUUCUCCUCUCCAAGGCUACCAUGCAGCACGCUCAGCGGAAAGUCUCGAACAGGAGACAAGGGAAGACUUGUCGCGGUUCUCCUCUGCGGCAUCAUUGGCGAACGCACAACACAACGCCCAGUCGGUGACAGCUGCAGUGGAGCGACUCGAGAAGCGGGUCGCCUCUUGGGCGAAACGCGGUGAAGAAGCCCCGUUUCGCCUCAUGGUCGGACCUUCUCGCGAGCGUCUAUUGGCUGAGCAGCGGCGCCUCGAAGAAGAAGCCGCUGGGCGCGCCGGGAAGUCGUUGCCUUCCUUGCCUUCCUUGCUCGCCCAGGCGCCUCAUGGCACCAGCGCAAAGCUCUUCUUCCAAAUGCAUGCGCUGCCUGUAAACAGCGUCCGACAACUCCGUCAGCAAGUCACCUUCUCCUCCGCUUCUGCCGCAGGGUCGCACUGUGCGCACCGUGUUGCCGCCAGCGAAACAGAGAAGGAACCGGGCGAACCGUGGAGAACCGACGCGCCACAAGAAAGUACUGUUGAAGUCGAACUCGACCUCACAGACUGCCCCGCUGUACAGUACCGUGCAGCAGACAACAUGUACUGCUUGCAUAAAAAUACCGCCGAAGAGAUCACCUGGUGGCACACAUUCCUCGGAUUCAAGGAACAAGGCGUCGCUCUCAACGAUUUCGUUCACUGGGUCCCCAGCCGGGCUGCCCUUGCGUCUGCCUUUCCUGUUUCCUCUUCGUCUUCGUCGCCUUCUUCUUCUCCUGCUUUGAGCUACGCUGUUCCCUUCCCAACUCCAUGCACAGUUGAGGAAGCGCUGGGAUUUUUCUCCAACUUGACCGGCCAACUCCCGAAGUUCGCCGCAGCCUGUCUCUCGCUGUGGAUCGAAGACCCUGAGGAACGAACCCAGUGGCUGCGCCUGUUCUGCGACGAGCCUGCUGCGCAGCAGGCGUACGAAGCCUGCGUGAGGUCACCUCUCCUUUCGCUGCGCGAACUUCUUCCGCUGCUUGCGCCUUCCUUUUCGCGCCCUCGUCUCCCUCGUCUUUCGUCUUCCUCCGCGCUUGACGAGGACGAGGAAGCGGCUUCAACUCAAGAACUGGGUUUAAUUCUCUCUCUCCUCGCCGCCGCGCAUGCACCGCGGGCGUACACUAUUGCCUCGUCGCCGAAGGCGCUCGCGAGAGAGACAGGGACGCGAUCAGUCGCCUUGUGUGUGGGCCUGGUGGCUGAGCAGAGAGAGAGUCUGGCGAUCACCACGGCGCGUCUAGAAGAACAUGGUUUCAAGAUUUUCGGCAGUUCUUCGGCUGUGCGUUCCGCGCGACGCGGGCCGCUUUUUCAUCAGGAAGAUCGCCUCUUCUUCGGAGCUUGUUCGUCGUUUAUUACACAGCAACUGCGUCCGGGAGAUGUGUUGAAAGCGCUCAUCAAACCUUCGUCUUUUCGACUCCCUGCCGACGUAAAAAGGCCCAUCAUCAUGGUGGCAGCAGGGACAGGCAUCGCCCCGUUCAUCGCCUUUCUCCGCGAGUUCGCCUGCCUCGGCGGUUGGCUGGCACCAGUCGUUCUUUUCUUUGGAUGCCAGCGAGCAAACAAAGACUUCCUCUAUCGCGAGGAACUGCUGCGGUACAAAGCCCGGCAGGACGCAGCUGAAGAAUCUCAGGGAAAGAAGCACUUCCUGACUCACCUUUUCCUUGCGUUCUCGCGCGAGCCGGGACAACCGAAGACGUACGUCCAGCACAAAAUCGCCGAACAGCGGAACUUGGUGCUGCAACUGUUGCAAGAGCAGCAGGCAACGUUGUACAUUUGUGGCCGGACGGCAAUGGCAGCAGGCGUGACGAAGACUCUCGCGCACGCAGCGGCGGAAACGUUGGGGGGCGACGAAGCGCGAGGCAACGCAUUCGUACAUGAUCUCCGAAAAAGCCGACGAAUCGUGGAGGAGGUCUGGGCGUAGAGACUGCGCGUUUCGAAUUCGCAACGAGCCGCGAGUCCUGCGCGCUGCAUAUGCUGUUUGCCCCCCUGUCCUAGAAGUCUGGUGUUCCCUUUCUCUUAAAUUCAUGGGCAUCUGGUGCGAGGCAACAUUCACUCAGUGUGCGCCUUCGCAUGACACAUUGUGGCAUUUCGGCGCGUUCGAGCAGUAGGCUUGUUCUGAGACGUCCUCGUAUCCAUUUCUUGUUUGGUGUUUCCAGUUUGUUGGUUUACACCAUGCGGAGCGGCCUGGUGUUGCGGUUCGUUGACAGGGUCUGGACUGGAAAGGUUUCCUCGUUCAGACACAUAUUUCCCGGGCUAUGUGUGUGCUUGCGAGAAUGCUUCUCGGAGCGUGUUUGCACCGAGCUCCUUUUGUGAUUUCCGCUUUUUGUGUGAGAUUCUUCGGGCUUCGCUUCUUCGUCGGACUUUUUUGUGACUUGUGUUCGUGGCCACUGGCACUUUGCCAGCUCCUUUUGCGCGUUUCCGCCUAACUGCCGUGAGCCGGGAGUCCGUGGUUUCGUCACCGAAACUGGCAACGAGUAGACGUAGCAACGCGGCGCUAGGACAGUCGGUCCUCGGUCGUCGACCGCGUUUUUUGAGAAGGGAGAGUGCAUGCACUUCAGGGAGAAAGAGUGAGGGCUCUGCAACCCACGGUCCGCCCACUUACAGAGAACCGCGCGGGCAUCUCAGUUCCAUAAGAGCUCGAAUGCGGCAGAGGUGCGCGCACAACUUGAGAGCGUCGCCAGUCCACUACGCAGGUCCCCCUUGUUUCGGGACUCCGCGUCACGGGACUGGAGUUCCUCUCCUUUUGUUCGGACACUGCCUAGCCGAGGUUGACAAGUCCUUUCUGUACUGCUACGUCGCAGAAAGCGCUGGAUUCAACCGCUCGCUUCCGUCUCGCCAACGAAUGUUUUCCGAACUCCUUUCUACUUGUGAACGAAUCAAUGCAAAUUCGAGAGGGGAAGGGCUCGUCGAGUUUGCCAGUGACGCAGACCAUGUUUCCAGACCCUUUCACGUGUGUCCGGAGGUCACACGAAGGCGCCAAGUGCAUCUGUCUAGGGUGUUGCAUGCGGUUUCCUCUCCCUGGAGAACCCACUCACCCAAACGCGGCAGAAGCGGCAUCCAGAACCUCUUUCUCUCCGUUUUCCUCACUCUUCGUUCUACCUGGAAAAACAAGAAGCUUCCUCAUGCAUCGCUCAAAGUGUCGCCCGAGCCCUCAGUUAUUGCCCGAGAGUUACGAGGUCGAAAUGGUAAAAAGCCUCUGCAUUCUCAGUGGUUUGCUAGUUCCAAAGAAGAGUGCCUGCAGCAUUCGUUCACGCCUCUCUCAGUGUGACGUUCUCUUGGCCCACUAGCAGAGUGUUCUUGAUGAACUUCUUGCGACCUUUUGAAAAGCGAGAAAAUGUUCGGUGUUACCCCGCUUGCCACGAACAGUUGACGGCUGAGAAACCAGUUCUUCGCAACCGGGAAGAGAAGCCAAGGAGAACCGACGAAUAUCCUCGAUCACGCGAAGACGAAUUUCCGCGUCUCGAAUCACCCCCUUGAACCGCGACGCCUCUGCCUGUAGCAAACACGCGGCAAAAAAAAAACUUUUGAACCCCGUAGUCUGUGUACGCAGGAAACAUCAAAACAAAGAGAAAUCGGAGAAAGAGGCGCCAGGCCG